AUGUUUAAAACAUUAGUAAGUUUCAAUCAUUCAAUUGGCCAUAAGCUGACAAACUAUACGACGCUAUACAGAAUGUCAUCACAGCUGGUCAAAGUCCAAGUCAAACAGGGUAUAGUUGUUGGUCAACAAAAACAAUUACCAAAUGGGAAUUUAUAUCAAAGUUUUCAGGGUAUUCCUUAUGCUGUACCACCUGUUGGUCCACUGCGUUUUAAGUCUCCAUUGCCUUUGGAAAAAUUCGAUGUACCUGAAUUAGAUUGCCUGAAGGAACGUGAUGUCUGUCAUCAACGCGAUGCUUUUACUGCGGAAAUUAUUGGCUCGGAAAAUUGUCUUUUCCUCAAUAUUUAUACACCAAAAAAGAAUAAUUCCUCUGGUCCCUUACCCGUUAUGGUGUGGAUACAUGGUGGUGGUUUUUGGUUUGGUCAUGGCAAUAGUGAUUAUUAUUUACCAUUAUCACUGCUCCAGGAAGAUGUUAUAGUGGUCACUCUUAAUUAUCGAUUGGGGGCUUUAGGAUUCCUAUGUCUGCCUGAAGAAGGCAUUUGGGGCAAUGCUGGCUUAAAAGAUCAGCGUUUAGCCCUACAAUGGAUACAAGAAAAUAUAGUACAAUUUAAUGGAGAUCCCAACAAUGUUACAUUGUUUGGCGAAUCUGCCGGUGCAGCUUCAGUACACCUUCAUAUGUAUUCUAAUCAUGCCAAUAAAUUAUUUCACAAAACCAUCAUGCAAAGUGGUGCGGCUAAUGCGGAAUGGGUUUUCCAAGUAAAUCCUGCCUAUAAAGUUCGUAAGCUAGCCGAGGAGUUGGGACUGAAAAAUACAUCGGAUACCAAAGAACUGCUACAGUUUCUUCAAUCGCCACAAAUAACACCCUUACAUAUGUUAGAAAAGACUCUUAAGACAAUGACUGCCGAUGAGAGAAGACGUCACUUACCACUGCCAUUUAAGCCUGUAAUCGAAGAUUCCCAAAGCCCAGAUGCCUUUAUUGAUCAACCCAUUGUGGAUAGACUGAAACAAGUGAAUAGUGUAGAAAUACCCAGUAUUAUGGGUUACAAUUCCGCUGAAGGUUUGGGAAUGAUGAUAAAUGCGGUACGUAAAGUUGAGGAAUAUGAUCGAGAUUUCAAACGAAUGGUUCCUCGCAACAUUCCUUUGAGCCCAGACGACCCCGAGCUGGAAAUUAUAGCCCGCAAAAUGAGAGAUUUCUAUAUGAAUGGUCAUAAACUGUCACCCAAAGUGUUCAAUGAAUUGGUAAAUAUUUUAACCGAUUAUCAUUUUGCCGUAGACAUGCAGUUGGCUGCUGAGUGGCAAGUCCGUUUACAAGCCAACUCUCCAUUGUAUUUCUACUACUUCGAUUAUGUGGGAAGUCGUAAUUUCUACAAGACAAUGCUACAAAUGAGCAAAUUGAAAGGAGCUUCACAUGGCGAUGAACUGUUUUAUCUAUUCCAAAUGGCGGGUAAUGACGAUAUGGGCAGUCGAGAAGAUCAACGAGUGACAAAGCAAAUCUCUGAAUUGUGGGCUAAUUUUGCUAAAACUUCAAAUCCUACACCUGAACCUGGUACUGUUGGCUGCAAGUGGUUGCCAGUAAAGAAACCAACUGGUGAACACGACUCGUUCAAUUUGAAUUACUUGUUAAUAGAUGAUAAAGGAUGUCGCAUGCAGGAAAAUCUUAACAAAGACCGUAUGGAAUUUUGGCGAAGCAUUUAUGAAAAAUAUUCCUCUCCUUUAGAUUAUUCAAUAGUAAGUUCCAAAUUGUAA